AUGCGGUUGCUGAGCCCGCUUGAGAGGGCUCUCAGCUGCUGUGGGCUGCUGUGUCCUUAUGCCAAAAGGACAGGAUCACGGGCUGUUCCAAUGGAUCCCCAAACAUCUUAUGCAGCUCUAGUGAAAGGCAUCCAGUCUCUGGAUGUAACAGGAGAUUAUAAUCCUUGUCAACUCCUGCUCACUGGAGACCGGUCUUUUCCAGUGCUUCUGAGUUCGAAGGAUGAAGUCCUCAUUGCUGCAUCUCAGUACGGAGAAGGCCGUAUGGUGGUCUUUGCCCAUGAAGUAAUGCUGAUGCUUCCCCAUUUUUUGCCAUUGAUUAGAAAUGCUCUGGAGUGGCUGAAGCCAUCCUCCACCGCACAAGUGGGGGCCCACAAAAGCAUGGAUGCCCUCUCCAAGAUGCUCCUUAGCAAUGGGGUCGAAGUGCAUCCCGGAGUGCCCCUUGGAGACUCCCUAGGGGUCUACUGCCUGGAUGCCUACAAUGGCGACCAGACAGAGGACCUCGUACGGUUUGUCAAAAGAGGUGGGGGGCUUCUGAUCGGAGGACAGGCCUGGCAUUGGUCAUAUCAACAUGGCGAGGAGAACGUUCUGGCGGAAUUCCCUGGCAACCGGUUGACCAGUGUGGCUGGUGUGUAUUUCACUGCCAAUGUGGGAGAGAAUGGGAUCUUUCCUGUACCCAAGGAAAUGCCAAGGGUCCCCCUGAUCACUAAGUCUGGAUUAGACAUCCAAAGAGACUUAAAUUUUCUUCUAAAUGGAGUGGUUCAGUUUGACAUGGGCGAUAAGGUCCCUUCUCCCCUGCUCAUCCAUGGGAAUUUGGCAUUUCCAGUUGCUGUUUCCGAUUCUGAUGAGACGUUCAUUGGAGCCGCAUACUAUGGCAGGGGACGCGUUGUGGUUGCCUCCCAUGAAGGGUUAUUGGACACAGAUUCAAUGCAGACAUUUUUGCUUAAUGCCAUCCAGUGGCUUUUGGCUGGAAAAGAAGGAAAGGUUGGUGUUGGAAGCGAUUUCCAUGGGCUUCAUUCUAUGUUACUCCAGGCCAUGAUCCCAUGCGAACUCACCAAUCUUAAGGAAGGCCUCAGUGUAUACUGUUGCUCAGCAUACAGCGAUGAAGAGAUGGAAAAAAUCCACGAAUUUGUCUCUGAAGGAGGUGGUCUCCUCAUUGGGGGUCAUGCUUGGUAUUGGACUUACAACCAUCCCAACAGCAGUGUCUUUGCCCAGUUUCCAGGAAACAAGAUCCUUAACAAGUUUGGAAUAGGAAUCUUUGGGGAAACGUGCAACUCUGAAAUCUACCCAGUGAGGCAGGCUGGAGACUCAUCUUUGAAUUACAACUUUCGUAAAAUGCUCUCCCAUUUCAAGGAACAGCUUGAGAACAAUCGUCCCCUACAUCCGCCAUAUUCCCUAUGGUGUAAGAAACUGGCGCAAGAUUCAGCCGCAUUCCUACAGAUCCCAGCUGCCAAGUCCCCUGUUUUCUCCUCUGUUCACAAGCAUAUGUUGGAACUGGUCCAGCGCUGUGGGAUUCCCGACAUCGAUACAAACAAUCCAAUCAAUUCCAACUCAGACAAAGCUGUUUUACUCUACUUGUCUUGGGAUCUCUAUAAUGCGAUGCCAGAAUUCCAGUGUUUAGUCCCGAGCCUGAAUCAACAUUUCACAAAACACUUUCCUAUAGCAUCUCCCCAAACCAUCUGGAUUAAUGGAACAAAUAACGGAAAUGAAGCAUGGAGAAGCUCUGGCAUGUACGUUCCUCCAGCCAAGACUGUCACCUUGGUCUUUCCAUCAACUGUCCUAGAUGCUAAUUUGGAGGUACAGAUUGGCUGCCAUUCUGAUGACUUGAGCAAGGCUGGUGAGCUGCAACGUCCUCCGGUGGUGGUCAGACGAUUUCAGGUUAAGAGUCCAAGAGUGGAAGUCUCCAGCCUGUGGGGAGGACUCUUAUACGUCAUCGUGCCGGAGAAAUCUUCAAUGGGUUUCAUGUAUGUCACCAUAGAAGGGGCCACCAUGGCUCCUUACUUCAAGCAUGGUGAAACCAAUAUCCGGGACUGGCAAAAUACCAUAUGUCACUAUUCUUCUCCCUGGGCUGAGCUAGAAACUGAGAAUAUCAUCUUGACGGUGCCCUCAGAUGAUGCGUGCAAAAUAGACGAUCCUGAGACCCUGCUCACUACCUGGGCCCAGAUGAUGAAUGCUAUGACCAAGUUGGCAUUCCUUCCUCCCGUUUUCCCCAGACCAGAAAGAAUUGUGACUGAUGUUCAAAUAUCCGCUGGUUGGAUGCAUUCUGGUUACCCAGUCAUGUCUAAUGUAGGGGGAAUGGAGGAAAUUGUGAACAUGGAAGCCUUCAAAACCAAAGGGACCUGGGGUCCUAUCCAUGAGUUGGGUCACAACCAGCAGCAAAGCGGGUGGGAAUUCCCUCCCCAUACUACUGAAGCCACUUGCAACCUCUGGUCUGUUUAUGUCAAUGAGACGGUCCUGAACAUCCCAAGGGACCGAGCUCAUCCAGAACUCCAACCACACCUGAGAAAGCAGAGAAUUGAAAACUAUCUCCAAAAUGGAGCUCAGCUGAAGGACUUUGAAGUAUUCACUGCGCUGGAACCCUAUUUACAGCUACAGGAAGCAUUCGGAUGGGAACCCUAUAUCCACAUCUUUGCCGAGUACCAAAGAAGGCCCACUAUCCCUGAUGACAACAAAUCCAAGAUGAAUCUGUGGGCAGAAGCAUUUUCACGAAGAGUAAACAGAAAUCUAGCCCCUUUCUUUAAAGCCUGGGGGUGGCCGAUUGAGGAUGAAAUCUCUCGGAAGUUGGCCAAAACUUUUCCUCCCUGGGAAGAGGAUCCAAUGAAGCAAUACCUGUCACUGUAAGGAACUGAAAGUGAAAUAAAUUGAAGCUGCACUUCAUAGAACUGUGCACCUGCAUAGGAAUUAAGGAUAUCAGGUGAAACAC